CCUCGUACCUCGUACAUACACCAUAUAUAAGUGCAUGCGUGCAUCUUUCUUCCUCACACCAUCUCAACUCUCACUCAUGGCUUCAUCCAUCUUUCUUCCGCUGAUCCUAUUUCACUUACUUUUAGCAACCGAACCCACGUCUUCUGCUCGAAUCCUUCUAACUCGUGUUUCCAGGCCCAAAUACACUUCAACAAACUCAUUGAUGAAUAAUCCCGAAUAUUAUUCCCCUGGAAGAUAUCCCUUGAUACUUUCCAAAGACGUGUACGCCAUGAGCCUAGCCAUCGGGACCCCACCUGUAAAAUUUUCGGCCAUCAUGGAUACAGGAAGCAACCUCAUAUGGACAAAGUGCAAGUCCAGUGGUCCAAACUUUUUUGACACUAGUAUGUCCACAUCUUUCUCUAGUUAUGUUGGUGAUACUUGCGAGGAGUGGGGGGUUGGUCAAGAUUGCCCACAGAAGUAUGAUGAUGGUAAGUCGGUAAAUGUAACUUUGGGCCAGGAGACCUUAACCAUUGGGGACGUGAAGGUUAACGAUGUUACUUUCGGCUGUGGGAUAACAGAUGACGAGAAUUUUGGGUUUGAUGGAAUAGUAGGAAUGGGGCCUGGGAAGUUGUCGUUGGUUUCGCAGUUAAGAAGUCGUGUGUUUUAUUAUUGUCUAGGUUCUAGGUUCGACCCGACCGCAAGGCGUGUUUUGCGAACAGGGUCUAUACCAAAUACUUAUUCUUCUGUCCAAACUACGCCUUUAAGGACCGACGAGUCAAAUUACUACAUCAUUCUUGAAGGUAUCUCAGUAGGCGAAACUAAACUUCCGAUUACAGACACUGAAAUCGCCAAAAGUAACAAAGAUAAAGGGAUGGUCAUUGACUCAGGUACGACCUUCACAUACUUGGAAAAAAGUAUUGUUGAUAUGAUUAGCAAUGAGUUCAUGAGCCAAACAAAUCUUAACAUGUCUGGAAGUGAUAACGUAACGAAAUAUGGUCUUGAAAACUGUUUCAACUAUCAAGGCUAUGAUAAUGUUGAAUUCCCAAAAGUGGUUUUUCAUUUUGAGGGUGCAAAUUGGGAGUUGAAAAAAGAUAAUUACAUUUACCAAAAGGAAGGUGGAGAAGAGGGGUGUUUGGCCUUCAAGAGCAAUGAUCAAGAGAAUGACAAAUCUGCUAUUUUUGGAAACAUACAACAACAGAACAUGAUCGUGUCUUACGAUCUUGACAACUGUAAUCUGUCAUUUGUGCCUGCAGACUGCAAUCAAAUGUGACACUGAGGGAUUGGCUUUUACCCUUCACGUUAACAAAGUGAUUUUAGAUUGAAAAUCCGCUAUUAAUUAAUGUCCUUUCUUUUUCUAGCUAGCUAGCUAGCUAGCUCAUCGAUUAUAAUUUUCAUAUGUUGUUCAAAAAAAUAUUGAAUGAUGUAUUUGUUUGUAAACGAUUGUGGGCUUACAUUUCAUAUGUUGUUCAAAAAAAUAUUGAAUGA